GUACGAUGAGCCCGUUAAAUGAACGUUCUUAACCACUAAGUGAAAAUAUCAACUCUUUAGUUCAUAUAAUUGAAUAUAAUUGAAUCCCAAAGAUUAAACAAUGUCCUCUAACUUUUUACGCAAAGUUAAAAUUGAAUUAAUGUUCGUUAAAAAAUUAUCAACAGUUUGCGAGAGUGUUAAAAUAAUUAAGUCUGAAAAAAUACUCAGUUACGAAGAUGCUUCAAAUAAAAGAAAAAUAAAUUGUUGUAAUAAUAGUUUAAAAAUUGUUUUUCUUGGCUUGCCUGGCGUAGGUAAAAGUAGUAUUAUCAACAAAAUAAUUGGCAGACCGAUGUGCUGUCAGUCUUCCGAAAUUCUCACUGUACAAAAUAAUUUUUCUAGUAUUUCACGAAAUGAAGACACAAAACUUACAUUUUUGGAUAUACCAGGAUCAAUGUACAAAACAAAAUUAAAUAAUAAAUUAAAGUUAAAAUCCUCAUUGAAUGAAAUUGACGAUGCAGUUCAUAAUUCCGAUAUAGUGGCAGUUGUGCUAGAUGUCAUGAAUGUUCAGUGGGAAAAAGUAUUAAAUUUGAGAACCAACAUUUUUGGGAAUCAUUUAGAAUAUAAAUUGAAUCCAAUUCUUAUUCUAAAUAAAAUCGAUAUGCUUAGCAAUAAAUCAAAUAUACUUAACUUGAUAUCAAAAGUGAAAUUAAAUAAAAAUAUGUUUCAAGUAAAUGAUAUUUUUAUUGUAUCGGCUUCAAAUGGCGAUGGAGUAGAGGAUCUAAAGAAUUACUUCUUAGAUGUCGCGGAAUCAAAAAACUCGUUUCAUGAUUCUGGUCAAGUUUCUAAUCCAAAACCCAAAUUAAUUAUUCAACAAACAGUCAAGUCAAUAUUUUUUAAAAACUUCAAAAAUGAACUGCCUUAUUUACUGAAUAUAUAUAUAGAUUAUUUAAAGUUUAACGAUGAUGAUAGUAUUGACAUAAUUGUAAAUGUAGAAUGUCCAUCUAUUCGCAUUGGUCGAUUAAUUGUAGGUAGAAAAGGAAAUAGAAUAAAGUCAAUUGCUAGAGAAACCGAGCAACUAUUAAGUUCAAUAUUCCAAAUGACUGUGAGAUCAAAGAUUGCCGUGUUAUUAAAAGAAGACUCAAAAUGACCAGAACGCACUUUGUGCUGUACUGAAUACAUAAUAAAUUCUUAUCAUAAUUCAAAUAGCUAAUCACUGUACAAUAUUCUUUGUUUUUUAUGAAAAUAUUUUAUAAAAAUUUAUGACACUAUUUGUUUAUCGUUCAUAAUGAAGAUGAUGGUAAUAAAUAAAAUUAAUUACAAUUUGUUUA